GCGACACAUCGGAUAUCGCCGCGCCCGAACGGGUGGCUGCGGCGCAUGCAAUCGCCUUAUCCCCACGCCGCCCGGAGGCCACAAGCGCAAGCAGUGAUCACGGGCUCACGGCGCCUCCUCCGCGGCCACGACGCUCCGGCAGCGCAGGCAGGUAGCACAUAAAUACGGAGCCGGAGCACCACCGUCCGGCUCGGUUCCGUCUGGCUACCAUCAUCCCUCGGCACCCGGCAGCAGCGCGCCAUGGCCACCCACGCAGCUCUCGCCGCCUCGCGCAUCCCCACCAGCGCCCGGCUGCACAGCAGGGCGGCGUCCAGGCAGAGGGUGGACUUCGCCGACUUCUCCGGGCUCAGGCCAGGAUCUUGCUCCGUGAGCACUGCCGCGAGGGAGGUCUCCUUCUCCGACGUCCUUGGUGCGCAGCUCGUCGCCAAGGCCACUGGAGAGAACGCGGUGAGGGCGCCCGCUGAGGCGAAGCUGAAGGUCGCCAUCAACGGCUUCGGCCGCAUUGGCCGGAACUUCCUCCGGUGCUGGCACGGCCGUGAGGACUCCCCGCUCGACGUCGUCGUCGUGAACGACAGCGGAGGCGUCAGGAACGCGUCUCACCUUCUCAAGUAUGACUCGAUGCUGGGCACCUUCAAGGCUGACGUCAAGAUCGUCGACGACACGACCAUCAGCGUCGAUGGCAAGCCCAUCACCAUCGUCUCCAGCAGGGACCCUCUCAAGCUCCCAUGGGCUGAGCUCGGCAUUGACAUCGUCAUCGAGGGCACCGGAGUCUUCGUCGACGGCCCCGGCGCCGGCAAGCACAUCCAGGCCGGCGCAAAGAAGGUCAUCAUCACUGCUCCGGCCAAGGGCGCCGACAUCCCGACCUAUGUCGUCGGUGUUAACGAGGGCGACUACGACCACAGCGUCGCCGACAUCAUCAGCAACGCUUCCUGCACGACCAACUGCCUCGCGCCAUUCGUCAAGGUCUUGGACGAGGAGUUCGGAAUCGUGAAGGGGACCAUGACGACAACGCACUCGUACACGGGUGACCAGAGGCUGCUGGACGCGUCCCACCGUGACCUCCGGAGGGCCCGUGCGGCGGCGCUGAACAUCGUGCCGACGAGCACGGGCGCCGCCAAGGCCGUGGCGCUGGUGCUGCCCCAGCUGAAGGGGAAGCUGAACGGCAUCGCGCUCCGUGUGCCAACCCCGAACGUGUCCGUGGUGGACCUGGUGAUCAACACCGUGAAGACGGGCAUCACUGCCGACGACGUGAACGCGGCGUUCCGCAAGGCCGCCGACGGCCCGCUGAAUGGCGUCCUGUCGGUCUGCGACGUGCCGCUCGUGUCCGUGGACUUCAGGUGCUCCGACGUGUCCUCCACCAUCGACGCGUCGCUCACCAUGGUCAUGGGCGAUGACAUGGUCAAGGUCGUCGCCUGGUACGACAACGAGUGGGGGUACAGCCAACGCGUGGUUGAUCUGGCGCACCUGGUGGCGGCCAAGUGGCCAGGCGCGGCGGCGGCGGGCAGCGGCGACCCUCUGGAGGACUUCUGCAAGGACAACCCCGAGACCGACGAGUGCAAGGUGUACGAAGCAUGAUGAGGCCCCCUUGUUGUAGGCCAGGGGCCGCCGUGUGCUCAGAAAAUUCACUAGCUUUGCCUCGUGUUCUUUCGAUAGAGAAUACUAUAUACAGAUUCGCCGAAAGAGACGUAGACGAAAAUGUGCCGUUUUCUAUGAGUUGUGUAUGUAAUCACUGAACUCGUACAGGCUUCCGCUUUUCGAUCAUUUCCUGUUGGGACUCCUGUAAUUCUGCGGUGUGUGUUUAUUUCAUCAAUCAUGCCGACAUGAUCGAUCCAUCAUAUACUUUUAUACUAAUAUAAGUACAUGUAAAGAUUUCGUGUCACCA